AUGUCUAAGGAAUUCAAAAAUGCUCCUAUUGACGGCAGUGAAGAGAGAAAAAAAGUGCUACGGCGUUUCGUUGGUGGAACUGUAGGUGGUAUGUUUCAGGCCCUCUGCAGUCAUCCAUUUGAUACUGUAAAAUCACGCGUUCAGAGCGGUAUGUUCCCAGGUGUUGUUUCUUGUUUUCAUUCCACGUGGCGAUCAGAAGGAAUUCGUGGUUUCUACCGUGGACUAACACCUCCCUUGAUGAUGGGAGGUAUAUAUAACUCCAUUCUAUUUAGUGUUAACCAAUUUAUGAUGAAUUUGUUGACCCCUGAGGGGGAAGAUGAUAAGGCAAAAGCUCCGUUUUGGCGGGCAGCCCUCUCUGGAGAGUUAACAGCUCCUAUUUAUGUUCUCUGUAUCACACCUAUGGAGAAAGUGAAGGUGAAGCUACAACUACGAAAAGGUAAUACAGAUAAUACAAAAUUUACAGGACCUAUAAGCUGUAUUCGUUAUAUUGUAAAGACAGAAGGGUUGAGUGGAAUGUUUUCAGGCUAUGUCCCAACUCUUUUUUCACGCCUCGCUGGUCUCCCUUUUUACUUUGGGGGAUACCAGAUGGCCUAUCAUAGCUUGAGCGACUCUUCAAUAGGAACAACUACUGUAGGGAAAAACCUUGCAAUACCUAUGAUGAGUGGAUGUGUGGCAGGAACUCUAUUCUGGUUGAGUAAUUACCCUUUUGAUUAUGUAAAAACGCAAGUGCAAGCGGGUGAGGGUCAGCAGCGCAUGUCACAAGUAUUUAUUACCACGUACAAAAAAGGUGGAAUACGGGCUUUCUAUAAAGGCCUUUCGGCAUGUCUCCUGCGUGCAAUUCCUGCAAACGCAUCCGUUUGGCUAGGCAUUGAAUGGGUGACAAGAGUUAUGGAAAGGAACGGAUUUUGA